GACUGUUCUAAAAUUUUUGGACCUUUAUAGUAAAUCAUACAUUUUUAAAAAAAUAUACCAAAAAAAAAAAUCCAAAUUAAAUAUAAUAAACAAAUAUUAUAAAUAAAACUUGUAGCUUUUUAAACUUUGUAUUCACUCCAAAGUCUUAAGUAUUAUAGAACGGACGAAGUAUUAUAUAUAGAGUGUGUAUAUAGAAAACACAACAUAAGCCAAAACCAAGGAGAUCAUUUAGCAUGAUACUACCACUCAUCUUCCUUGCAACAAUCUCUCUUAUCUUUCUUCUUCGAAAACGAAGGAAGAAUGAACCAUUUAAUCCUCCUCCUGGACCUAAAGGGCUUCCUAUUAUCGGAAACUUACACCAGUUCGACCCUUCAAAACCUCACAUCUACUUUGCUAAUUUAGCAAAGAUUUACGGUCCAAUCUUGACUACACGAUUUGGAAGUGCACCGGCUGUGGUGGUUCAAUCAGCCAAGGCGGCGAAAGAGGUCCUUCAUACACAGGAUCUUAACUUUUGUUACCGCCCAUCAAUGAUUGCAACACAAAGACUAAGUUAUAAAGGGUUAGACUUAGCUUUUGCCCAUAGUUAUGCAUACUUCAGAGAAAUAAAGAAAAUAUGUGUUGUACAUCUUCUUAGUUCUAAAAGAGUGGAGUCUUUUACUCUGAUUCGACAAGAGGAAGUCUUGAGGAUGGUAAACAAGAUUUCUACUCAAAUUUCAUCUGGUUUAGAAACUGUUAACUUGAGUGAGUUGCUAAUGAGUUUUGCAUGCUCCAAUAUAUGCAGAAUUGCUUUUGGCAAGAGGUACGAUGAAAAUGAAGGGUCCAACAGAAGCAGAUUUCAAGACCUUCUAAAGGAUGUUCAGGCCAUGUUCGCGGCCUUCUUCUUUAAAGAUUAUUUCCCUUUCAUCGGCUGGCUUGAUAAGCUAACCGGAGAAUCAUCGAGGCUUGAGAAGACGUUCAAAGAUUUGGAUGUGUUUUAUGAUGAAAUCAUUAGCGACCAUCUUGAUCCGAAUCGACCUGAAUCUGAGGCAGAGGACUUGAUUGAUGUUUUAUUACACCUUAGAAAAGAGCGUGCUUUUACCUUUGAUCUCACUUUAGACCACAUCAAAGGAGUUCUUAUGAAUAUGUUCGUAGGAGGGUCUGAUACAAACUCAGCAAUGGUAGUUUGGGCGAUGACAGAACUAAUUAAGAGCCCAACCGCGAUGAAGAAAGUACAAAAAGAAAUUCGGGAUUCAGCAAGAAACAAGGAUUAUAUAUCAACAGAUGAUCUGCCAAAGCUCGAGUAUUUUAAAGCCGUGAUCAAAGAAACAUUAAGGCUCCGUCCUCCAGUUCCAAUGCUAAUAGUCAGGGACACACUCGAAAAAUGCACUAUAGAAGGGUACGACAUACUACCAAAAACCUUCGUUUUUGUUGAUGUAUGGACUAUCGGAAGAGAUCCUGAAUAUUGGAAGAACCCAGAUAUAUUUAUGCCGGAGAGGUUUAUGGGAAGUUCAAUUGAUUAUAAAGGACAGAAUUUCGAGUUUAUUCCUUUUAGUGCUGGGAGAAGAAUGUGCCCUGGAAUUUUUCUUGCUGUUGCAAACUUUGAGCUAGCACUAGCCAACUUAUUGUUCUCUUUUGACUGGGAAUUGCCUGCGGGUAUGAAAAUUGAAGAUGUUGACACUGAUACACUUCCUGGUUUGACUAUGAAUAAGAAAAAUCCACUUUGCCUUGUGGCAAGGAAAUAUACUAGCUUUUAAAUUUUCUAUGCAAUGAGUUUGUUCUUAAUGAUUUACUUGUCUUUUGAGAUUUAGAGAAUGAAUGAUAAUGUGUGUUAAAUGUGUCCCUUAUCAAUAAUUUCAUUUAUAUAUACGUAUGUACGUGUGUCACGUAAAUUAUUAA